AUGCUAAAACAACACAACAAAUUCUCAUCAGAAUAUAAUACAGAAAUAAAACGUUUAAGCCUAAUUUUAAAAGAUGACAAAAGCAAACAAUUAGAGAAAUUACUCACUGAACACACAGAGUUAGAAAAAGAUUACCAAACUAAAUCCACUGAAAUAACAAAAUCAUCCAAUGAACGCAAACAACUCUUAAAUAUCGCCUCCUACACCCGAGAAAUAGAAAAAGAAGAACUUCGCCUCAAUACUAACUCCACCACCCACAACCCUAGAAUGAAAAAUUUUCUCGGAACAGACCGCAAUAAUUACCACUUAAAACCCAAACUAAGCAAUAUCCAAACCCCCUUAGAAGUAAGUCAAUUUAUUUUUGAAUUGCUAAAAGAUAAAAUUCCUCCAAACGGAAUAAUUUUUGACCCUUUCGGAAGCGAUAUUAGCACUGAGGUUUUUUGGUUCAAUAGUUCAGAACAUCCUCGCAGGGGAGGAGUUGAUUUUCUAUUGGCAGAAAAGGCAAAAGUGAAUAAGGAAUUUAAGCCAGCCCUUAUACUUUGUAAUCCUCCUUUUAAUGAUAUUCCUAUUGUGUUAUUUGUUCCCAUGGGAUUUAGAGCCAAUUUAACCUUAACCAGCAAAAGAAAGAUGAAAUUUGAAACAGGGGAAUAUCCUCCUAUUGGAUUAUUUAUUAAAAAGAAAGAACAAGAAUUAAAGCAACAAAUAACUAUUUUAAAAAGACAAGUAUAUAUUUUAAGUUCUAAAUUUAGACAAUGUGAAAAGCAUGAUGAAGACCCUGAGUAUACUCAACGAUAUUUAGCAACUAAAACUGAGUGCCAUGAUUGUGCGGGGGAGAAGUUGAUUGCGAGGGAAAAAGAAACUACUCAACAUGCCUAA